AUGAUAACUGGGGGUUCGAUAUUGGUGCUAGAUGUCGAGACCGCUGGGCUACGCGAUGACUUCGUCUUUGAAACGGCAAUGAGGUUGCUGCCAUUGUCGUGGCAGACGGGCAUUCUGCGGAAGAGGGCACGGUGUGAUCAGAACAAAGCACUGUGCAAUAGGCUAUUACAGAUAUACGGCUGUUUGUUGUACUCGAACUGUUCUAGCUACGAUGCGCUACAAUUCGGUAGAGGGCCUUGGGGCAAACCCUUUCUGAUAAACGAGCUUGUAGAUAAGAAAUUGGCGUUUAGCAUGACCAACGGCGAUAAGUACGUGGCAAUGUACGUGGCAUGUUGUCCCAAAAAUAUCGGGAACUUUGAAGUUGGUAUCGAUAUUGCGUCACCUGCGGACCUCAAGACGCCGAAUGAAGUAGAACUGUACCGGGACAUAUUUACGGAAGAAGAGUACGGUUACGUGGCAAGCCCUCUCGGGAACAUCCAUGAGAAGUUUGCCUUUUAUUGGUCAUUGAAGGAAUGCUACACGAAAUACAUUGGCAACGGUCUGAACUCUGACUUGAAGCAGAUCGAUUUUGGUAUCGUAGACAUGCAUCUAAAGACAUUCCGGAAGUGUAUAAAUCCAGACAGGCCCGUUAUCUACCACACCAUAUGGAUCGACCAUCGCAGAGAGGUCAUCAGUGUAUGUUGUGACGAUGUGGACCUCCAAUUGUGUCUAGAGACUCCUCGAUUAGUUACUGUAUCUUUUGAUGAAGUGCUAAAGGUCCUUGGAUUAAACGCAUACGCAUAA